AUGUUCACAGCGCUGGGCUCCCAGGCAGCUGCCCUCUGGGCAGGAUUCCAUCUGUGGACUCUCUUGCUGGGCGCCUUCGCCUUUCUGUUUUUUGCUGAUUUUCUCAAAAGGCGGCGCGGAAAAAACUACCCUCCUGGGCCCCGGAGCCUGCCUUUCUUUGGAAACUUCUUUCAGCUGGACUUUCCAGAGCCACACCAGGCUAUUCAGCGGCUUGUGAAGAAAUAUGGAAAUCUGCUUAGCUUGGAUUUAGGAUUCGUCCUUAGCGUUACUGUGACUGGAUUGACGUUAAUCAAAGAAGUCCUUUUGCAUAUGGACCAAAACACUUUGAGCCGCCCUGUGACUGCUAUCCGACAUUGUGUCUUCAAGAAACAUGGAUUGAUCAUGUCCAGUGGCCAGGAGUGGAAGGAGCAAAGGAGGUUUGCCAUGACAACACUGAGGAACUUUGGCUUAGGAAAGAAGAGCUUAGAUGAACGCAUUCAGGAGGAGGCCUGCUACCUUGUGGAAGCAAUACAAGAGGAGAAAGGAAAGCCUUUUGACCCUCACUUCAAGAUCAACAAUGCCGUUUCCAAUAUUAUCUGCUCCGUUACUUUUGGGGAGCGCUUUGAGUAUGAGGAUGCUCGGUUUCAGGAGCUGCUGAAGUUGCUGGAUGAAGCCACAUAUCUAGAAGCUAGUAUGUGGUGUGCGCUCUACAAUAUCUUUCCAUGGUUAAUGAAAUUCCUUCCGGGACCACACCAAACAGUCAUUAGAGACUGGGAGAAAUUGAAAUUAUUUGUUUCUGGCAUGAUUGAAAACCACAAGAAAGAUUGGAAUCCUGAUGAACCCAGAGAUUUCAUUGAUGCUUACCUCAAGGAAAUGACAAAGGUGAGAAAUCAGAAAGUACAAGCUGAAAUCAACAAAGUACUAGGCCAAUCACAGCUGCCCAGCACAGCCAACCGAGACCACAUGCCCUACACUAAUGCCGUCAUCCACGAGGUGCAAAGAAUGGGUAACAUCAUUCCCCUGAAUGUACCCAGGGAAGUGACAUUUGACACCACUCUGGAUGGCUACUAUCUGCCAAAGGGCACCAUGAUUCUGACCAAUCUGACAGCACUUCACAGGGACCCCAAAGAGUGGGCCACCCCUGACACAUUCAAUCCAGAGCACUUUCUGGAGAAUGGACAGUUUAAGAAGAGGGAAGCCUUUCUGGCUUUUUCAAUAGGAAAACGAGCUUGUCUUGGAGAACAGCUGGCCAGGACUGAACUGUUUAUUUUCUUCACUUCCCUUCUACAAAAAUUUACCUUCAUGCCUCCAGCCAAUGAGAAGCUGAGCCUCAAGUUCAGAUCAGGUCUCACCCUGUCCCCUGUGGGUUACCGCAUCUGUGCUGUUCCUGGAUCGUGA